AUGAACAUCUUUUUCCUCCUAGUGAGCUGCCUUAUGUUCACCUUUGUGCUUGUCUUCUGGAAAAAACAGUUUCGGAGAAACACUAUCAAAAUGUCAUCAAAUUCGACUUCUCUUGCACUAGUAAGAACUACUGGGUCAACUAAGAGCAACAGUAAGAGUCUUCCAGUCAACAGCUUCUCUUGGGAUAUUUUAAAUAAUUUCCCAAGCUCCAUAGCCAUGCAGAAGCAGAUAUUGAUAAGCCUCAGUAUCACGGAAUACAAGCUGGCUGAAUUGGAACAUAUUCUAGUUACCAAGGGUUUAAAUGGUGCAUUAGUUAACUGGAAAUCCACUGAAAACCUUACAGAAUGUAAUGACAGUGACAGUUGA